GGCAGUGCAUCCAUCGCUGGCGCAGGCCAUUGUUGUAUUGGAAACGAAGGCGCUGUGGGAUCAGUUUCACGCACAGGGCACUGAGAUGAUCAUUACGAAGACGGGUCGUCGCAUGUUUCCCACGUUUCAAGUGCGGAUUGGCGGCCUCGAUCCGCAUGCCACCUAUAUAUGCAUGAUGGACUUUGUGCCGAUGGAUGAUAAGCGUUAUCGCUAUGCGUUUCACAACUCGUGCUGGGUGGUGGCGGGCAAGGCGGACGCGAUAUCGCCACCGCGGAUACAUGUGCAUCCGGAUUCGCCAGCGGCGGGCGCCAAUUGGAUGAAGCAAAUUGUGUCCUUCGACAAGCUGAAGCUGACCAACAAUCAGCUGGAUGAGAAUGGGCAUAUCAUAUUGAACUCCAUGCAUCGCUACCAGCCGCGCUUCCACUUGGUCUACUUGCCGCCAAAGAAUGCCUCGCUGGAUGAGAACGAGCAUUCGAGUCACUUUCGCACGUUCAUAUUCCCGGAGACCAGUUUUACGGCCGUAACAGCAUACCAGAACCAGCGGGUGACACAACUGAAAAUAUCGAGCAAUCCGUUCGCCAAAGGAUUUCGAGAUGAUGGCACCAACGAUGUCACCAGCGGCAGCCUGGGUAUGUCCAGCAUGAGCCAUGAGAGUCAAGCACGCAUGAAGCAGCAGCAGCAGCAGCAGCAACAGCAACAGCAACAGCAGCAGCAGCAGCAACAACAACAUCAACUACAACAGCAGCAGCAGCAGCAGCAUUUAAAGGCAAAGGACAGAACGCCAGCUAACAGCUUCAGCUUGUCCUGCACAGAGCUCGUGGAACAGCAAGCAGCAGCGGCGACGGCAACAACAGCAGCAGCAGUAGCAGCAGCAGCAGCAGCAACAUCUCAACUGGCCAUGCAGUUGCCAGCCACUCCCUCGAGCAGCUCAACGUCGGGCAAUUCGCCGGAUUUGUUGGGCUUUCAGUUGGAAGCGACGCCGCUGCAACAGCAACAGCAGCAGCUGCAGCACCAACAGCAACUGCAGCAGCAACAGCCAGCGGUACAGCAAUUGCAUCAGCAACAGCAUCAACAGCAUCAGCAGCAGCAACAGCAACAGCAGCAGCAGAAUCUUCACCAAAUGUCCAGCAGCUAUGGUGGCAGCUAUCAUCAUCCGUAUCAGCACCAUCAGCAUCAGCACACAGCAACGCCAUUGACACCGCUUUCAGCCAGCUCCGCGUCACCGCCAGCGCCAGGUGCUGCGGCUGCAGCCGCGGCAGCCACUCAGGUAAUGGCGGCGGCCAAUAUUUACUCGAGCAUUGGCCAGCCGUAUGCGGGCGAGCAGAGCAACUUUGGGGCCAUCUAUCAUCACAAUGCAGCGGCACACUAUCACAGUCACGGAUAUGGCAGUCCGUAUGACAAGCUGAAGGUCUCCACGGGUCACAUGCGGCAGGCGGCAGCCGCCGCGUACGGCAUGAGCAGCUAUCAGAGCUUCUACGGCUCCGCGGCGGCAGCGCACCAAAUGAUGCGGCCCAAUAGCUAUAUCGAUUUGGGACCACGCUGAUAAGCGGCGGGUCGCUAUGCAAAGUAUUAUUAUAGUCAGCCUGGGGCCUGAACUCAAGUAUUACAAGUAUUUUCAACUAACCCAAACUCAACUCAACUUAAUUAAUAAAUAAUAUUAUUAUUCUUCUCAUUUUUUUUUUGCUAGUCUUAAGCGACAGUUUUGUGUCUAGUUCAAAAGUAUGCCAAAAAUGUAUCGUAAUUGUAAACA